AUGGAUCCCUCGCAACAGCAGCAAGAUGCGCCAGGCUCCCUGAGCUGGCGAUUGAGCUCGCAUCCCAUCACCCUUCUGACGUUUCUUUCAUUCCGGAUAUCAAGUGUUCUCGUGUACUUCCUCGGGUUGUGGAUCAUCAGAAGCAUGAUCAUGAUCUUCAUCAUCACCAUCCUCCUCCUCGCCGCCGACUUUUACUACCUCAAGAACAUCGCCGGCCGCCGACUCGUGGGGUUGCGGUGGUGGAACGAGGUGGACGCGCAGACGGGCGACUCGCAGUGGGUCUUUGAGAGCAGCGAGCCAGGGACCAAGACGAUCAACCCAACCGACAGCCGCUUCUUCUGGCUCGCGCUUUACACUCAGCCGAUCCUCUGGGUGCUGCUUGCCAUUUUUGCGCUCGUGCGGUUGCAGUUCCUGUGGUUGCCGCUUGUUGGUGAGUGUGAACAACCCCCUCUUGAUUAUCCUUGUCCUUCUCUAUCCCUUGAGAUGGGGACGGAGGAGACUGCAUCAUGCUCCUCAUCGUUGUGGUCGGCGAGUGCGGCCCGCUUGAAGAUUGUGCGAAGCGUUAGACAAAACGCUAACUCGGACUCUGCAGUCAUCGCCCUGGUUCUGACCAUCAUGAACGCCAUGGCCUUUUCGAGAUGCGACAAGUUCAGCCACGCGUCCAACAUGGCUGGCAGCGCAUUGUACUCUGGCGGCCUGGCGGGCAGCAUCGCGAGUAACAUGGUGGGCCGGCUGUUUAACCGCGGUUGA